AUGGGUGCAACAGAAUCCUGGAAACUAGCUGGCGAGCAUAAACGCAAUGCUUUGCUAGCCUUGAUUCCAUCCGAAUGGCGCCUGGCACAGCCUCUCCCCUCACCUGAAGAUGUGCCUGAUCUACGAAAAGGAACCAUCCAGAGCUACCUCUCCUGCCGAGAGGUGAUGAUCACAGAAAUGGAUUGUGUUUCCUUGUUGGAGCAGUUAGCGAGCGGCAUGCUAUCCUCUCGUGAAGUAACCAUGGCUUUUUGUCAUCGAGCGGCACUAGCACAUCAGAUGAUAUCCUGUCUACACGAGAUAUUCUUCCAAGCAGCCCUGAGAGACGCCGAUGCGUGUGACUUGUACAUUAAGAAACACGGAAAGCCCAUCGGAGCCCUUCACGGGCUACCUGUCAGCCUCAAAGAUGUGGUAAACAUCAAAGAUGUUGAUACAACUAUGGGGUUUGUUGGAUUGGUGGGCAAUGCCACAAGCAUCUCCCGUGAAAGCCAGAUCGCCACUCUGCUUCGACGACUUGGAGCAGUUCUCUUCGUCAAGACAAGUGUUCCGACUGGUUCAUUCACGAUUGACACCUUUAACAACAUCAUAGAACACACUGCCAACCCAUGCAACAGGCGUUUCAACGUUGGUGGCAGCUCCGGUGGCGAAGGGGGGUUACUCGCUCUCAAGGGAAGCCCACUCGGCAUGGGUACCGAUAUUGGAGGCUCUGUGCGUGUGCCCGCAGUAUGGAAUGGAUGUUAUGGAAUACGACCUUCGACAGGACGAGUUCCCUAUGAAGGGACUUCAUCUUUAGUGGAUGGGCAGACAGCUAUCCCUUUCGUACUUGGAUUUAUGGCCCCAUUACCUGAGGCCAUUACCCAUGCGAUGAGAAGCUUGCUUAGUCUAAGCCCUUGGAUGAAUGAUCCGCUCGUCCAUGAAAUACCCUGGCGAGAGGAAAUCUAUACCCAAUUCAAGGAAAGUGCGUCCGGAGUCUUUCAGCUCUCAUUCGGUAUUAUGAGAACGGAUCAUUAUGUGAAUGUCCAGCCACCGGUGCAAAGAGCGAUGGACAUUGUGGUGAACAAACUGAAAUCCUUGGGACACUCGGUCAUCGACUGGAAUCCCCCAAGUCACCGAGAGACAUUCUCAUUGUGGAAAAGAGCCGUAACCAUCGAUGGAGGCAAAGCCUUCCAUGAGGCAAUCAAGCUAUCCGGAGAGCCACCACACAGAGUCGACCUCGGGCUGGUAGAUGCAGCAAAACCCGUGCCCGCAACCGUGUUCGGUCUGUUGCCACAGCCGGAGGCGAGCGCAACCGAAAUCAAUGGCAUCAAUAUUGCCAUUCGCGAUUACAGAAGGUCAUAUCUGGAAUAUUGGAAUAGUACUGCUGAGAUUACUGGCACUGGGAGACCAGUGGAUGUAUUCCUGAUGCCUGUGGCUCCGACGCCUGCCCCUGUGCGUGGGAAAGUACGGUAUUUUGGAUAUUCCACCCUUGCCAAUGUCCUUGACUUCACUGCUUGUGGUAUACCCGUCACAGAGGUCCAGAAAGAUAUAGAUCGGUAUGACGACGAGGACUACGUGCCGUUGAAUGAGCUGGAUAAACUAGUUCACGAUGAUUAUGAUCCAGUGCUCUCAGACGGGACUCCAGUCGGCAUUCAAGUCGUCGGACGAAGACUACAAGAAGAGAAAGUCCUCGCAAUAGCAGAGGUGAUUGGAAACACAGUGAACGAUCUCUCAGAGAGGGGAAACAUCAAAUUGUAA